CAGCCUUUCAUGAGGCUAGAGGGUACGGAAUUUCGCUGUCGAUUCGCGUCGUGAAGCCCCCUGCUACUCGGGAAAACGGUGCGGUUCGGUUCGUGGUGGAGAGGGUGAGACGUAAGGUUCCACCCCGUGUAGUGAAUUUGCUUUCCUGGCCGAAGACUUUGUACGGGCGUAGAUGAGGCCCAUUCAGUUUUCACUUCAAUCGGUGUGUGAGCUAAACGAAAAUUCGUCCCCAAAGUAACACGGAGUGAACGAAAGAAAACUGUUUUGGGUGGAGAUUUUCAGUGCCAGGCAGUUGGAAUAAAUCGAGUCAACGAUGAUGAUGAUGCAGAAUAGCGGAUGCCAGUGAAAAUUUUCCAGUAAAACAUAAGUAAAAUCCAAUCCAAGUAAGCACCGAUACCAUGCGAGAAAAGAGUGGGCGCAGUCCUGACAACUGAAAUGUGCGAUAGGCCAACGGAAUAGAAGAUGGAUGAUGAAUUAUCCGAAAAUAUGUAGGAUGUGAGCUAAUCGGUCUCAAUAUGAGUGUAAACGAUUAAUAAUGUAUUCGCGUUGGGUGACGGAAUGUGUACAAAAAAGUGGGUGGCGGAAAGGAUGUAAAACUUAUCUUCAUUUCUGGCGGAGAAGUGUGUAAUGAAUUGGUUUAUGGUCGAUGGCAUCAAAAACACUGAACCGUCAUCUCAUCACCGUUUCAUCUGAAUAGAGAAAUGAUUUAUUAUACAAGUGAAGAAAAACGUUGAAAAUUCACAACGGAAAUGAAUCAAGCAAAUCAAAUUCGUCAAGAGUCCAGGGAAAAAAUAUGAAACAAGAGUGUGAGUGUAUAAAUAUUCUAAUCCUCCGAACAGUUCGUGAAAAGAAGUAAUCAAAAACAUCAGCCGACUGAUAAAUACAUAUAGAAGUAAAGAUUUAUUCGAUCCUUAUGCGACGGUCUGUGAAAAAACCGCAAAAGAAUCUGAAUAAGAAAACAAAUUAUCACACAGCCACUCGGGUACUCACGCGUUAGGUUUCGGCCACCGCUCGGCGGACCGUGGUGAUGGUGGUGGUGGUGGUAGUGAUGGCGAAAAUGGGCCUCUUGAACGAAGGAUAAGUACGAGAAAAGCCCCUGGUGACACCGGAGACCGUCCUCGCCGGGCUGUGAUAAGAUAGUGAUCUGCAGCGACGCCAUUCAUUUGUCACCGCAGCCGCUUUGCGCGUCGCACGUUUGGGGAUAAGUGCCAGUCGCUAGGAUUAUGGCCGAUCUACAGGCGACCAUUGAGUUCGCCGUCGAGCUGUACAAGUUCUACAAUGUUGAUCUGUUCCAGCGGGGGUUAUAUCAAGUACGAUGUUCACUGCGAGUAUCACCCCGACUGCCGGUUCAGGUGGAGACAUGUCUUCCGGACGCGUCGGCAACGACGGGAGUGCCUUCAGCUGCCCCGGUUGCGUCUGGUUCCGUCCCAGCCAGCGGCGCUCCUGGAACGGGAUCCAUCGGUUUGCUGAACGGCAGCAACAAUGCACCCGGCUCCGCCUCCAGCAGUGCCAACACACCCAAUUCUACCAAUUCCUCCACCGGUUGCAACGCAGGAACGACGAGCAGCAGUGGAACGGGCAGCACAAACACCACUGCCGGUCCGGGAGGUUCGCCCACCACCGGGAGUACCGGCUCCACUGCAACUAUCAUCGACGACUGUGGCGCCUCGCGUGUGUUCCAGAUUCUCUAUCGCAACGAAGAAGUGUCGCUACGUGAUGUUAUCAUGUUCCGUGCCCAUUUACUAGUGGACAGUCGGCACCUGAAGGAAUCCAUAGAAAGGGCGGAGUUUUCCCUCAAUCUGGAAUUGUGGUUUGGCGAACAGACGACCGGUAACAUUUUGACGCUGGCUUCGACGCGGACCCUACAGCUCAACUUUCACCCGGGACGGGGUCUGCACUAUCAUCUACCGGUGCUGUUCGAUUACUUCCAUCUGGCGGCGGUCAGCGUGGGAAUCCACGCCAGUCUGGUGGCGCUUCAUCAGCCCUAUAUCAAGAAAAGCAUUAUGCACUAUGUACAAAGCUGUGCCCCUAAAUCAACAAAACCAUGGAUUGGCAGUUCGAAACUCAACUGCCGCGGAGGGAAUUCCCCCGGCCCACUGGAAGCUAUCUUUUUCGGACCACAGGUCGGCGGAGGAGCCAAAUGUGGUGGCGGUUCGGCCGGCCGACUGCUGCACGCUCGCAAUGUCCAUAAGGAAAUCUGUGCCUUGCUGCUGGGAGCCCUCGAGUCUCUACGGCUUUCGCUACAGGAAUUCUGCACCGUGCUACCACACCAAUGGGCAUCCUUGACGGGAUCGACGCCACUCUCCAACCUGGACACGGAACAAAGACUGAGAAAACUGGCUGAUUCAGCAAAGUUAAUGGAUACCGAGGAUGACCUUGCGGCGCGGGCUAACUCGGACAUAGCUCAGCUUUGCGCUGAAUGCAUUCUCUACUGGAGACGUGUCCUUUCGGCAUCCACUCAACCAACGGUACACAGUUUACUGUCAAAAAAACAUCACAUACUUCGAGUUAGACGGUUCGCUGAAGGGUUCUUCGUGAUUGAAAAUCCUCGGCACACGGCAAGUGGAUGCUACGACUCAAACUAUCAAAACUAUGCAUCAAUAUGUGACAUGGCGCGUAGAUCGAGAUAUCUUUCAAACUUGCCACCGCUACCGGUUCACUGCACACCCCUAGAUGGAGAUGCCAACUCACUUCCUCUAAUUUUUGAAGAUCGCUAUACGGAUUCAAAUGACUACAGCAAACGUCGAUCCGGCAGUGAACCACAUCUUAACGGUCAUAAUGGGACGCUUGGAAAAUUGAAAACGCACCAUCAUCAACCGAACAAGAUCGCUCCCAUCAUGAGUGCCAAGGAAUGUUCGUGUGGAAUUUCAACUUGCUACAUUGAACCAAUUCCAAAGAUGUGCAACAACUACAUGGGACUCAUGACGACACGGUAUGCCCUCGGUGGUGACAUCCUGCAGGCUAGUCUAACAAUUACCCCGGCUGCGGCUGCUUCCCAGAACGGUCUUUGCACCAAACCUCUUUCACGUCACUCGGUUUCCACACUAGCCGAUCCGGAAUGCCAAUGGGAUCAGUUCAAAGCAGUUUAUAGUCCCGGAACAAUCCUAACCGGUGGUACACUACCAACACGACACAGUAAAUCACUGGAUCAACUUGAAGUUCAGAACAACACGGCAUCUUUACCACGUCACCACAUUCAUAAUGUCAAUUAUAAUAACCACAAUCAGAAACAGAUCAUCUAUCAUCAACCCGGUAACGCCAUAAUACAAGCGAUUCCAUCAAAACCGAAAAAAAACCCGGUCCAAGCCGAAGAUCUGCUGAAGAAUAUAAACGAGUUCCGAGAAAAAUAUAAAAACCCCGGUGAUUCGCGCAAAAUGGCCACAACCAACGGUUCUGUCGGUCCUGCAGUCUACGAAGUCAAAGAUACGGCAUGUCAGCUGAUCAAAGAUCACAUUCCGCACACCGUUCAAAUUCAAAACCGAAUGACGAAUGGAUAUGCCGUUCCGAAACCCAGCUAUGUUCACGAAACGGACCACAAAAAGUCACAAGCCGGGUGCUACUACAACUCACUACCGAAAGGGGCUGGUAUGGGCCUGGUCAUUCCGCCGAGAAACUCAUACCCACCGAUCCGUAGCAAAAAGCAACAGUCUACCGGAUCGCUCAACACGAAAACGGAUUCCAAUACGAUCCCACGAAGUAACUCUUCUCAAAUGCUACCCUGUCAAAACGGAUCUGCGGGUGUCACUAGCAGUAACACGCUACCACAUCGAUCGGUGGAGUUUGCUCGAGUUCGGGUGGCCGACUUCAAGCAUAUGGUCAACAACCAGCGAAGAAAUAGCAAGGGCACCAAUGGUACCAAUGAUUCGAGUAGCACCGAUAGUCCCGAUAUCACUCCGAAAACGCGAAGUAAACAACGCCGACUGCUCUCGUCGGCCAGUGUUCCGUUCAAACUAGAAAAUCUAGAACUAGAGCAAGCGGGUGGUACCAACGGUUUCAGUGAAAGUUUACCCAAUCUAGCACCACCGCCGGCGUUCAGUAACUCCCCGCUACCACCGGUACGACUACAGCGAAGACAUUCUAGCAGUGAGUCAACUUCUUCACUAAGUGAACAAUCCGGAUGGGUUUCUAGUCGGCGAAGCAGCAUCCCUUCCAGCCCCGAUACACUGCGGAAUGACAAUCGAGUUGUCAAUGGAGCUCAGUUAAGAAAAAGACUUUUAAAAUUGUUGAACGAACAACCUCGGCUUAUGAAUCGCAAACCCGCAAACCAAUCUCAUGAAUUUUUGGUUCGAAGUAACCAAAGCUCGAUGAAAUCAAGGUCGAACAAUGACAACAUCAAGGGUUCGGUGCAAACAGAAAAUUGGAACAAUCUGGAAAAGGAAUGGAAUGAACCAAGGUCGAUACAGAAAACGACCGACCCUAAGAAGAGCGUUCAACACUCCACUUUAGAUACACGAGCGCAGAAACGAAGUGCGAGAAAAGAAAAAUCCAAAUCCGACUUUGACUUGGCCAACAUUUCCGAUUACGUCUUCGAAGACCUACGGUUAUUGCCUCCGCAACAGUUCCGUGAUGCGCCACCACCGCCAGACGAGUUCCGCGAUCCUCCGUCGUUGAUCGAAAACAUUCCAAAAGAAAGUAUUCCUAAGCAAACAACCCUUCCCAAGCCUGUACCGGUGCAAAGUAAACAAACACAGCCGCAACCUCAACCACCACCACCGUUGAUCCCACAACCGCAAGCAAUUCCCUCAAUGGUCAUUCAACAGCAGCAGAUUGUACCAUCGGUUCAGCAGUACCAAAUACUUCCGGUACAGCAACAAGUUCUCCAGCAACCACAGUAUAGUAAACCAAUUCAACAACCGAUUCGUGCUCCGCUCGUUUUCAAAAAGUACGAAAUUCAAGCCAUCGAUAACCCGCUCUAUCACAUCUACGAAGUAGUAAAAACUCCCCGCCCGGUCCUAAAAUCCCAAAGUUCUAGCGAACUCGCUGCCAUUGCAAAAUGUGCGGAAACACUCAACAACCCGAACGCUACCAUAAACUCUACCCAUCAAAAUGGUCACCAUCCGAUACAAAAUCAUCCGAUUCCUCCGGAACGCAAUUCGUCUAUGCGAGAGCUGCACCGAACCCCACAGCCUAAACCGGAAGAGGACGAAUCCAAGAAACGGGUCGAUCCACCUAUGCAACUGCUGGAAUUUGAGAAAUGCCGUGAAGAGUUUCGCAAACAAAUCAACUAUUCUGGAUCGAUCUACUCGGACUACCAGAAACUUGCCUCAGAGAUGCCUUACUUCCACAUCAGUGACGAGUUCCGUGCAUUUUCCGCCAAAGGGUUGCACCUGGUAAUCUGCGUCCAUGGUCUCGAUGGAAACUCGGCUGACUUGAGACUAGUUCGAACCUACCUAGAACUGGGACUGCCAGGAGCACAUUUGGAAUUCCUCAUGUCCGAGCGAAAUCAGGGUGACACGUUUUCUGAUUUCGAAACGAUGACUGAUCGACUGGUUGCUGAAGUGUUGUAUCACAUCGAAACCUAUCAGCUGAAUCCCAGCAGAAUAUCCUUCGUAGCACACUCACUAGGCACCAUCAUCGUACGGUCGGCUUUGGCGAGGCCACAGAUGCGUCCGCUGCUAUCAAGGUUGCAUACAUUUUUAUCGCUAUCGGGACCACAUCUAGGCACGCUGUAUAACUCCAGUGGGCUUGUUAAUAUGGGUAUGUGGUUCAUGCAAAAAUGGAAAAAGAGCGGCUCACUACUGCAGCUUUGUCUACGGGACGCACCCGACAUGCGACAGAGUUUCCUAUUCCGACUGAGUCAACGAAGUACUCUGCACCACUUUAAAAAUGUCCUACUGUGCGGAUCGUCGCAAGAUCGCUACGUUCCACCGCACUCCGCCCGACUGGAACUGUGUAAGGCAGCCGUUCGUGAUCAAUCCAAUCUGGGUGUUGUGUAUCGUGAAAUGGUUAAUAACAUAAUCUCCCCGAUGUUGGCCCGUCCGGAUUUGACGCUAGUUCGGUUCGACGUACACCACGCCUUGCCCCACACGGCCAACGCACUGAUCGGACGAGCCGCUCACAUCGCCGUCCUGGAUUCGGAAUUGUUUAUCGAAAAGUUCUUACUCGUCGCUGGAUUAAAAUAUUUUAGCUAGCUGUUUGAAUUCACAAUAGAGAUUCACGUGACGUUACUGCAAUGGAUACUAGUGAGUGGUCCUCGAUUGACAACGGAAUCACGACUUGGCUACUGAGAUGAGAACACCCUUUGCAACUCAAAAAAAUAUAAUUGUAGUUUCAAAAAUACCAAAACUGAAAAUGACUGAUUUUCAAGCCUAAGUUGCUAUCUGUUAGAACCGUCAUGGUGUUUCUAUAUACUUGCUCUAGAGUUACGACAAAAAAAAGGAUGUGAAACACGUAUAGUAACCACACAAAAUUGGUACAGGGUCUACAAAAUUACAAAUUUUGCUGUAUGUGUUUAAUGUUAUCUAUUAACUGGUGAAGGUAAAUCUCGAAACUUAUGCCGUUACCAAAUAUUGUUGUUUAAGAAUUUUCACUGCCAAACGCGAAUGAUUACUCAUUUGUGGUGGGUUAGUUAGAUUUUCGGAAAUUUUUUUCUCAAUAUUUACCAGCUUAUAUAUUAGGUUCUGUCCCGUAUAUUUCUGUGUUAGAGAAUAAACAAACGAUCAAAUAUAAUUUAUGAAUGAGACUGAUUUAAUCUAAAACUAAUAUGAAAAAAAAAAACAAAACAAAAUCGGAAUUUUAGAUGUAAACAGGUGUAAUUAGAUCAAUCAAAACAUUGGGAAUCAAUAACAUUACUUGAAUAAUGGAACUGGAUACUAAACGUAAACACUAUACGACAGUAGCUAGAGUAGAAGUACUAAGCGAAUGAACAGGGAUAGAAAUAGAACCGUAUUUGUGCUGAAGAUUAGCAAUAAACAUGCAGGAUACGAAAGUUUCAGUUGCAAACAAGUGAAACUUAACCCCACAUUGCUGUUAUUAUUAUUAUUUUUUUAUUUGUUAACACAAAAGCAGAAAUUUGCCUAUUGGAAUUAGCAAUAGCAUUUGUUAUUUAUUUCAAAAAACAACCAAUGAAUGUUCUAGUCAAGAUAAAAUCUCUACUUAAAUAACCGUUCUGUCAUACGAGACACUAUGAAUAUCAUUAUUGUAUGGAAAAGUGUCAACCUAGCGCGUUAGCUGUUCCAAAUUAAUUGUUGGAUCGGAAGAAAAGAGCUUAUUUGACUUUUCCUGGAUGAAACAUUCGUUUUUUGUAGCAAUACUGCAAUCAUCAGGAUUCAGUUUGUAUAAAGUUUCAUAGUUUAUAGAGUUUAUAUAUUCAUUGAGUUGGGCAAGAUCAAGCAAUAUUAUGACAGUUUGACAGUUUCGAUAAAUGCUAUGCUGCUGCAGUCAAUUAGUGUAAACUGAAAAACAAAGAUUUUAUUGAAAGCAUAAACUUGCAAGAAAGAGUUGUUAGAAAACACCGAAAUAUGUAAAAGACACCAAUUUCUUACAAAAAAUAACAACAGUUUCGUAACUUCUUUUAACCAAUAAUCAGGCCAUGUAGUAUUAGGAAUAGUACAGAAUAACCAACAAAAUUCAAGUUUAUAGCCGUUUACUUGAGGACGAUCAAAUCAAAUUAAUAUUUGUAUAUUGAAAAAUACAAAAUCGCCUGGUUCGACUUUGAGGAAAACUGGUGCGCAAACCAGUCGUAAUCUCUCAAAUCAAAUCGUGCAUAUAACUAUUGAACACAAACAUUGAAAGGAAAGAACAAGUUACGAUGAUAGACUACACCAUAUUCUCUAAUCGUGUUAAGAAAUACCAAAAGAUAAAUGUUGCUAAGUAACCGAUCAAAACAAAAACAUUACCAAAUAAUCAAAUCAAAUAUUUUAGACUAGUCUUACCAUAAGCGCAGUUCGUUUUGCGCUACCAGAAGAAAGAAUCGAAAGAAAGAAUGUUAAACUACGUAGAACGCAGUUCAAAUGUUUGCAUAAAGUUAGAUACUCGAAUAUCUUGAAGAGGUUAUAACGAUUUGCUUACGAACAUGAGGCUAUAGCCGAGACGCAAGAUUUUAUCCGAAAGUUGUCCGUUUUAUAAUGUCGAAGAGUAAGAGUCUAAUAUGAUAGAAGUAAAUACAACACAAACGACAGUUUUUCAGACAUGACCAUUUUCUUGACCGUUUGCAAAAUAGUUCUUCGCAUACUCCUGUUCAAAACAAUUCGUUUCUAUUUACGUUCCACGGGUUCAGACGCUGGACAGUCCACAUUCAACGGCGCUCUGAGACGAACCUAAAAAUCGCCAAAUCUUUUCUGACCUUACCGUUACGAGUGAAUUAAGAAAGGUAGGAAGACGAAAAAAUGGAAUUUAGCCAGCUGAUAAACGCCGAACUAACGCUAGGAACUUUAUUCUUUACGGAAGUCUAGGGGGCUAGAAUACUUAACUGGAGUGUUUUAAUGAUGUAGGGGAAAUUACAAGCAAGUUAGGAUAUGCUGAUUGUAAGCGAAUGUUACAGUUACAAAGGAAUGGAUAUUACUAUACACACUAGAAAUAAUUGUAGAGCCUAUAGCAUAUAGUGAUACAAUUUACCAAAAACCAAGUUAAUAGAGAUA